AAGUAUCCCAAUCUACACAAUCUGUUAUGUCGAGGCUUUGUGACGACAACCCUUUACUAUUUCGAGUCUUAUCUCUCUCUCUCUCUCUACCUACUUUCCAAGUAGAAACCAUCCAACGGCAAACUCUACUGGUCAGUUGAAAAGUCACUGUCCACCAUCACUUUCAUUGGUUUCAAAGCUCCUUUUCCUUCUUGUUGUUAGUCUUUAACCAAACCCUCCUCACAUUACACACACCUCUCACCUAUCUAGCUAUCCCAAGUCUCUACCAACAACUUCACACCUUUUCCCAAUUUUUUUUUUUUUUUUUUUUUUUUUCUUUCCUUUCCUUUUGAUUCCAUUUUAGGAUUUAUCAGUUCAUUUGGGUUUGGUGAGUAUGAAAAGAUUAUCAAGAACUAAAAAAAAAUGUGAUGGUGUGGAGAAAAAAGGGUACACCUACAAUUGGAAGGUCACUAUUGAUUGGGAGAUGAGGCCCGGGGGAAUGCUUGUUCAAAAGAGAGAUGUUGCUUCUGGUACCGAACCUGCUGCUACUAAUUCUGAUACCAUGAUCAAGAUCAAGGUCUCUCAUGCCUCUUAUCAACAUCAUAUCACUGUCCCUGAUCAAUCCACUUUUGGGGAUCUGAAAAAGGUUCUUGCCCAUGAAACUGGACUGGAACCUAAGGCGCAAAGACUAUUGUUUAGAGGGAAAGAGAAGGGUGAUGAGGAAUGUUUGCAUAUGGUUGGUGUAAAAGACAUGUCAAAGUUGAUUCUGUUGGAGGACCCUGCUAGCAAAGAAAGGAAGCUUAAGGAGAUGAAUAGAAAUCAAAGUGUAUUGAAAGCUUAUGAAGCUGUUGCCACAGUUAGUGCAGAAGUUGAUAAACUCCGGGACAAGGUUGUCGCAUUGGAUACAACUGUGCAUAAUUGCACCAAGGUUGCGGACAGGGAAUUUGCCGUCUUGACAGAGUUGCUCAUGGUGCAGUUGCUUAAAUUGGAUACCAUUGAGGCUGAUGGAGAAGCAAAAGUGCAGAGGCGUGUCGAGGUUCGACGCAUCCAGAGUUUUCUUGAUGCAAUUGACAAUUUAAAGGCAAGAAAUUCUAAUCCUUUUAGGAAUAGCAGCAAUCCUGUGUCAGUGGCAACCAAAUGGGAGAAAUUUGAUUUGGGAUUCGGAAGCCUCAGUGCUCCAAGCCCAAUAGGAUGAUCUUCCACAAAAAUCACUCAGGACUGGGAAAUGUUCGAGUAGCUGAAGGUUUGUCCCUUUGUUUGAGUUGUAUAAAGAGUAUCUGUAAUGUUAUAUGAUUCGAAUCCUGUUUUGUGCAGUCUUGUAUUUCUGAUUUCUGAGGUGCUACUUGGUGAAAACUGGAAUGAGAGAGUGGCUUACAUGAAUGUAUAGAAUGUUACAGUUAAUUUAAAAUAACAACAGUUUUUUGUACACAUGAUUUUGUCAAUAUAUUGAACAGUGAAACAAGUAGCAAUGGUUUUUGAUAAUCCUCUUCAUGGCAGUGACCUUGUCAAACACAUUCCAAAGCAAGACUUGUCUCGGGACUUUGCAUUCUUUUUUUCUUUUUUUUUAGGUAACCGGGGUAUCCAGGGUUUUGCCCCGACUAAAUCCCCGGGACACCGUGCAAAGCGCCCCCUUCACACGGAUCGGAUAAAGCUCGGGCUUUCACCUGCAAGAAUGACCCCUAAGGAAUCGUUU